UCUUAUUCUCAUGGUUCAAGCAAAGGAUAACGCAACCCUUCCUUGUUGUAAAUUCAUCUGAUCGACCUUUGGAUUCCGAUUUCGAUGGCAACCCAAGAAGGAACUGUGAUUGAUCCGAAGCAGAAGAAGGAGUGGUAUUCGGUGUGGGCGAUUCCACCUGAAGACGAGCGUGCCAGAUUCACCAAAUUGAUGAGCGCCCUCCGAUCGGAGUUCGAUGGGCCCCAGUUCGAACCCCACAUCACCGUCGUCGGAGCGAUCAGCUUGACCGCCGAUGAAGCCCUCACCAAACUCCGAUCGUCCUGUGAAGGCCUCAAGGCUUAUAAUGUAACCGUUGAUGGCGUCGCUACUGGCACUUUCUUUUUUCAGUGUGUUUAUCUCCUCCUUAAUCCUACCCCUCAGGUAGUGGAAACCAGUACACACUGCUGCAGCCAUUUUGGUUAUAAGAAUUCGACUCCUUACAUGCCACACUUAAGCCUUCUGUAUGGAGAUUUGACUGAUGAAGAGAAGCAAAAGGCUCGAGAGAGAGCUAAUAUACUUGAUGAUAGUCUCAGUGGCUUGAGCUUUCAGAUAAGUCGGCUUGCAUUAUACAAAACAGACACUGAAGACAAAACACUGAAAUCUUGGGAGAAAAUUGGUGAAUGUACUCUUAGUCCAAAUUAGCUUGUCACCUUCAAUACUAAUUUCAAGCUGUUGUGUACAGCAAUAAAAGAACUUUGUUGACCUCUAAUAUUAUCUUUAUAAACUGUUUGUUUUGUA